AUGUCACUCAACUCCGAAGUGCUAGCCGCCAGAGCCCUCUCGGCGGUUCUGACGCCUGCAACUACGACGGAAGUGCUGCUCCUGACGCCCUCGCCUUAUGACACAGACCACGACGAGAAGCCGCGGCCACAUUUAUUUGGCAAAGUCACGGGCUUGCUUCAGCGCACGCUUUCCCGCUCCAGAGAAAACUCCGUAAGUCUGUGUCUCUCCGAUGCCACGGGCGUCACCGGCGCUGCCAGCCGCUCAGGAAGCGUGGCUAACUUAGUCAAAUCACGUCUGCCCCGUUCGCCGCGUCUCACCAGCAUUUCAGCUCGCCCGAGUCGAGUAUCGCUCGUUAAGGAAACCAAUCAUGUUUCGCUUGAAUACGACCCCAUCACGCGCCGUAAGGUGUUGAACACCUACGAGAUUCUUCGCGAGAUUGGCCGUGGUGAGCACGGCCGUGUGAAGUUGGCGCGUGACUUGGUCCACGAUGAGCUUGUAGCCAUCAAAAUUGUCAGCAGAAAGUCCAAGAAGGAACGCCAGCUGCUCCGCAUGAGGAGACCCUCCAAUUUGGUUGCAGGUCCAAACCGUCAGCAUAACAACAAUGAAAAUAAGAUCCGUCGAGAGAUCGCCAUCAUGAAGCGUUGUGACCAUAAGAACAUUGUUCAGCUCAAGGAAGUGCUCGACGACAUGAACCUGUACAAGAUCUACUUGGUUCUCGAAUAUAUGGAUCGAGGUGAGAUCAAGUGGAAGCGCAGAACGCCAAUAGUCACACCGAGGCCCUUUUCGGAUCCUGAUGACCAGAAGCUCCCGUGCUGUGUAAACCAACGCAGUAUUACUGCUAGUGAAGACAACGAAUUGCUCACUGAUGACUACUCUCCCAAUCUCACAUUCAGACAGCUGCGCCGUAUCUUCCGUGAUGUACUCUUGGGCCUCGAAUACCUCCACAUGCAAGGCAUUGUUCAUCGUGAUAUCAAACCCGCUAAUUUGUUAGUGAGCCUGGACUAUGUGGUCAAGAUCAGUGACUUCGGUGUCUCAUUUGCAUCUUCACUCGGCUCUUCCGACGACGGAGAACUGUUCAAUGAUAUGGAGCUUGCAAAAACGGUUGGAACACCUGCAUUUUUUGCUCCUGAACUUUGUCAGACGAAUUUUUCUGCGAGCUCAAGCACUGUGAACUUCGAUUCUACAAAAAUGAUGAUGACUCCAUCUGGAAGCUUCCCGAAAGUCAAUCAUAAGAUUGACAUCUGGGCACUUGGAGUCACUUUGUACUGCCUACUUUUUGGCAAAGUUCCAUUUAAUGCGGAAAGCGAGUUUAAACUCUUCGACGUCAUCGUGAAUGAGCCCUUGGUUUUCCCUAGCGAUGCUCAAUCAUUUAAUUCGCCUCAAGAGGUCUCUCCGGAAGAGUUCGAAAUGGCCAAGGAUCUUUUGAGCAAGAUGUUGGACAAGGAUAGUACCACACGUAUUGAUAUCCCAGACAUCAAAGAGCAUCCAUUUGUUCUUAUGGAUCUCGAAGACGACGUCAAGAAACUAGACGAACUUUUCUUUUUUAAUGCCAACUAUGUUGCAGAAUCUGAUGCUUUAAACAACUUGGGCGACAAGGUUCUGCAAGAGGAAAUCGACAAUGCCGUUGUGGGUGUUGGGGCCCGUAUUCGAAGCAACAUCUUGAGAGCCAUGAAGAACGCAGACAGUGAUGCAUUGCGUAAGCUCCUGUUGAAAAUGGAAUCAUCCUUGAGUGCUACCUCAUCAAGUGAAGACUCUUCUUAUGUGGGCUCACAACUGAAUCUUGUCUCGCAACUAUUUCCCAGUGAGAAUUCAGUGAUUUUAUCCGAAGCUCUACAAGAAUCGACUCUGAGAAAUAGUUACGACUAUUUUGCAAAACAGCUGCCUCUUCCACUGCAUCUUUCGCAUCACACACACAUCCAGUCGCAUCUUUCACAACCUCCUCACCUGGCACCCAACCAAAGUCCGUUGCAUUCUUCCAACGCCAGUUUUGUGAGUAGAGGAUCGGUUUCCCUACGCAAUAACCUCAUUCUCCUGGAUAUCGAGAGCCCUUCAUCGAGCAGAAAAGGGAGUGUAUCAGGAAUACUGGAAGCCCCACAAAUUGAAACGAAGCGUAAUGUUGGUGGCGAUUUGUAUUUAAAGAACCAGUCGGCAAUUGAUGCUUUCAAAGAUAUACAAGUAUUGGAUCAAAAGCGCCGUCGACUGAGUGUUUUCACCUCGUUGAGCCAAAGCCACAAUUCUUCAGUUUCCACGCCAACGAAGACUUCUGAAGAUUCUGAGAUCCCUGCUAACAUAGUUAGCAAACAGGAGAAACCUAGCAGGAUCAAAGUGGGCCCAAUCCGCAUAGACAAAUGCCGGCGCCCAUCCUCAGUGAUCUCCUUACCACUUACAGAGAGUUUCGCUUCAUUGGAUAGUCUUAAUGACGACUACCUCUCCCUGAAAUACAUGGAGUUCCGCAAGCAGAAAAGAACUGAUCCGGAUCCUGGAGUAACCAAUUCAGACUCCGCACUCCGUAUAAAAGACGCCACAACCUCAAUUUCAGAGAAGUUUGAGAAGUUUAAUUUGGGUACACUGAUGGCGGGUGCAUCGCCUAAACUCUCAGAAGAGUUCAAGAGCGAGGACAUAGCCCCUCAUGCUAGGGGCUACAGUUCCUCGAGAUCCCUGUCAUUCUCCUCCGUGUCAUCAUCAUGCUCCUCUGGUAGUGGUAGUGAUAGCGAUGAAGGAGGAGGCGACCUCACCGUCAAUUUUAUUUCAAAAGUGGCUCCCAAAUCUCGGCCACCAUUCCUUUCACUCAGCAAACGUGCUCAAUCUCAUGAAUCCAACUUACCUAAUUUGGCAAAUCAGCAAAGUUCAAAUUACUAUGAUGUGCCAAUCGUUUUCCAAGAUCAUUUGUUAGAACUCGAAGAUGUCCCUGUUGGUUUAAUGGGUGCCCCCAGAGAGGACUCCGGUUUUGACCCUACAGACAUGACUCCUACUGCCUCCACUUUGACUGGUCUUGCUUCUAGCGCUACUAUCACUCAGGACGUACAGGGUUUGAGAUUCCCAAAGAAAGCGAGUGCCCAAAGCUCCCCUCUUCGUAAGGAGAUCACAUCUGAAUCUCCAACUGAUUUAGGAGGAUUUGCUAAACAAGACAACCGCAAAGUGCCAACUGUCACUGGAUCUAGCCCUAGGCCCAAUGGGUACUUUAAUAACCAUUAUACGAAGGAGUCGAUCAAAUCACCUUUUCCUCUCGCUAAUCAUUUAGAAGGUGACUUAGAGAGCCAAUCAAAGCGUGAUCUGAAGGGCCAAGCAAGGCCCACUGCAUUGCGUUCCAACUCUAUUACAGUGGGGUUGCUUCAGCGUGAACGUUCAGUGAAAGAAACUUAA